GGUGCUGCAGGAAUGGAGAAGCCCUUUACGGUUCUGAGCGCCAUGGGGGUUGGUCAUUCCAUCAGCAACACGGCUAUCACCGUGGUUGUUGGUCUCAGCAGUGACAUCUCACUUGGAGGCGGUCCGUUGUAUUUCUGGUCUUUCUUGGUCAUGGUGUUCGUGGCUCUCUGUGCCGCGGUGAGCCUAGGGGAGCUUGCCUCUGCAUUCCCGCACCCAGGCGGCCAAUACUUCUGGGUUGCUAAACUCUGUCCCCCGAGCCUCCCUCGUCGAUUUAUCUCUUACAUGACGGGUAUCCUAUCCUGGGCUAGUGCUGUCUGCACGGGGACAUCUGUCUGCUUAGCGGUGCCCCAGAUGGCUUUAGGGAUGAUCCAUCUCACGCAUCCUAAUUUUGUACAAAAGCCAUGGAUGCUUUUUGUCGGCUUCCAGAUCACCAACUGGAUGACAUUCACCGUCAAUUGCUUUGAACGCCUGCUUCCAUUUGUCAGCAAGGGAAUCCUCACCUUCACCGUGACCUCCCUUAUCGUGAUUUUCGUCUCGCUCAUUGCAGCCACGCGUAACCGGGCGUCCGCGGACUCCGUUUUUGUGACACUAUCGAACGAAUCUGGGUGGACGAACGGGGUUGCAUUUCUAAUUGGGACCAAUGGGACUAACUGGGGGUUUUCCUGCCUUGAUGCCGCUUGUCACUUGGCUGAUGAGAUUCCAACCCCCCGCCGAAACAUCCCAAAGGCUCUUCUAUGCACAGUCGCACUGGGGGCUCUCACCGGACUUCCCAUCACACUGGCUCUGUUCUUUGCUGUCUCUGGCAUAGGAGAGGUUGCGCUAUCUACUGUGCCCUCGCUUGAGAUCCUUUACCAAUCAUUUAAUGGCAAUGCUGCUGGAGCCAUGGGCCUUCAGUGUUUAAUUCUUAUUUCCGCGACUGGUGCUAUCAUCGGCAUCCAUACAUGGCAGUCCCGCAUGGCGUGGGCCUUUAGCCGUGACGGGGGCUUCCCAUUCAGCAAGUAUAUGGGCGCUAUUUCUCCUGCCCCUUUCUCGGCUCCUCUUUGGGCCCAUACGUGGUCUUCCGUGUGGAUUUCCCUCCUGGGCUGCCUUGUAUUAGGGUCAACCACGGCCUUGGGAUCUUUCAUCUCGGCCGGAAUCCUUCUACAAUACGUCACAUACUGCCUUGCUAUUGCGUUCGUCUUGCUCCAUGGUCGACAAAAAGUGAGUCAUGGACCGUUCUGGUUUUCGCGACUGGGGUAUGCCGCCAAUAUUGUGACCCUUGCCUGGACUAUGGUGGCGUUGGUAUUCUAUUGUUUCCCUUACAGCCUUCCUGUGGAAGCUGGUGCUAUGAACUACGUGUCUUGUGUCAUGAUCGGUAUCGUUCUAUAUGCCUUGGCAUAUUGGGCUUUCUUUGGUCGAAGAACGUUCAAAAUUCCUCUCCCCGAGGACGAAUUUUAAGUCAUACCCUGUUUUUGUCUUUAUUGUUUAACCUAUUGUUUGAUCAGAUCUGAUGUCUGAAUGUUUAUCUUUAUUCUACCACAUAAUUAUUUCCAAUCUAUUUCAGUAUACCGGAG